AUGAGUUCAACACAAUAUUAUGAUCCGCAUUUAGUGAUUGAUUUCGAAGGUGAUUAUUACACAGAUGUAAAUGGAUAUCAAGUACCACAAAAUAUUCGUCAUCGUUUUCGCUCAACGACAACAUCACAACUUUUAGCUGAUCAAUAUAAAGUUGAACGUGAUAGAGCAGAAUUAGAACGUGGUAAUAUUAAAAAGAAAACUAUUGUUUAUCAACCAACUCAAAAAAAUGUAGCCGCAUCUGAUCCUGAUUACGAAAAAUUAAGUAAUGAUUUACGAAGUACUGUUUGUCGUGGUAAUCCUGUACAACGUCGUAGUCAUACAAAAACAGUUCAUAAUGAGGAAAUAUUUAAAGAUUUUUUUCAAGAAAAUACGCAGUCAAAUUUACAUCGUCGAAAAAAAGAUUGGCUUGGUCGAUGGAUGGAAGCAGAUAUAAUACGUGAUAAUCUUUAUAAAAGUAUGCUUCAAGCAAAAAAGAAAACAACAGAAUAG